CACAAACGGUAGCAGCAGGCGCCGAGUGCAAGCGAGCCUGACAACGCAGGCAGAGGCAAAUGACGCACAGGCCCACACACGUACGCGGACGAAGGGUCGGCCGCUCAGGCGUGGACACCUCCGUGUUCAACUUGACGCCUGCACAACGCGCGGGGAGUCGAUGCGCGAAGAGCCGAGCAAGUGGAGACGAGGGCCCGGGUCCGCAGCCUCGGCUCGCAGUGCCAGUGCGUGCGUGCGCCGGCGUCCCCGCACCCUUGGACACCUGACAAGCAGGGAUGCCGAGAAUAGCGUCACCGCCGGCGGCAGCCUUGGCCGAUGCUCGUCCCGCUGAUGCCCGCCCGGCAUUAGCUCCUCCUGCCCGCCUUCCACUCCUGGCUCCGGGUCGACGUCGAGGGCCUCCUGCUAAAGUUUGCAGAAGCACGAGGAGGCAUGGACGAGCCGGAUGAGGUGGUGCAGGCAGCAGCGGCUUCAUCGUACCUGGACGAACUCGUUCCGUACUUGGUGCUGCUGGGGAACACGCUGCUUUUCGCCGUGGUUCGCCGGCUGGCGGCCAGGCUGUCUCCGCUCAAGUGGCGCCUGGCGAUCUCCGAGGCCAUCGGCACGUGGGAGCUCUGCAGCGACGUCGCGGAACUAGGCAUCGUGUACGAGCGUCACGGCGUGUGGGUGUACGCGUUGGCCCUGCUCGCGUGCUGCGUGUGGUGGUGCCGGGCGUUUGGCGACGCCGAGGCGUGCCCGUGCGGCCCCGUCGAGGACAUGCUGUUCGCCGUCGGACCCGGAGACUACCGCGCCCGGUUGUUGGGCCAAGCACUGGGUGGACUGCUCACCGCUCAGUACAUAACGUUCAUCUGGUCCUGGCAUCUGAUUCCUGAGCACAAGAUCAUGGCGACAACGGAAUGCCAGACCUCGCUCAUGGUCAGCCCGACCAAAGGCGCACUUAUCGAAGGCGCAAUCACGUGCGUCAGUCGAUUCGUGGCCAUGCGAUCCGUCUACUGGACAGACAACGUGGCCACUGCUAUCAACUCCAUCACUACGGUGAUUCUAGUACUGGCAGCCCUGACGACAACAGGCGGCUACUUCAACCCCAUCAUGGCAUCGGCGCUUAUGCUCGGCUGUGCCGGAAGCACGACUACCGAGCACUUCACAGUCUACUGGGCGGGGGCCCUCAUGGGCGGCUUCAUUGGGCGUUACCUUGACAUCCGGCUAGAGUACGCCAUCAAGGAGAAAUAUGCCUAGACUGCAUCGUCUCCCAUAGUGUGUGUGACCGACUUUUCACCACUCAUCACAUUGCCCGACAGGUAUUACGUCCCGCAUUUUCAUUUUGUCUUUGUGGGAUCCAUUUGGAACUGUGAACAUGACAAAAGCAGCACACUUUUGUUCGCAUCUUAGUACAAAAGUGUUGUAAAACUUCCUACAGCACUUUAAGCAUCUAUUGGAGACCUAAGGCAAACAAAGAUUUUUGUACAUGAUGUACAGUGCUCACGGAAUGAAACGCGUCAAUUUAGGGCUAAGUAAUGCGCAUACUUUCGUUUCAACCAGUUCCAGUUCGUGUCACAUCGACGUAAUUCUGGCGCGUACACUUACAUCUGAGUCCUCGUCACCUUUGGUGACCAAAGUCCUAGUGACAAGACAUGGUGCUCUCGCGUACUUUGCACAUAAGUAGGGUUCUACUAAACGCUCCGUGUCCCAUUUCAUUCCGUGAGCACUGUACAGGCUGCCAUGGCAAAGUUAGUGCAAAGAGAGACCUUUACUAUGUUUAAGCUAGACAGUUUGAGUCUACUAUAGCUUCAGUGGGCCCAAACAACUAAGACUGGCAGUGCACUGUUUUUCAUACGUCCAUCUAGUAUCCACAUAAUACACACCAUUAAGGAUUUUAGUUGCCACAACAUUCAUCUGAUUAAGAGGGACGCGGUAGGGCUGAAGGGGUGGGGUGGACACCAGAUUAAUUUUCGCCACCUGUCUUUAACUAGCACCUGCCCAUCGAAAUAAGGCAGCCACGGCCAGAAUCGAAACUGCAACCACGAGCUCAGCAGUGCAACAUCAUUGCCACUAGGUUAUCGUGGCGGGUGUACAAUACCCAAUUCUGUCUAAAUAUUGGAAAAUUGUCAAUGUUAAGUGAUAGGGAUGUCCCUUGCAAAUGCACAGAGAUUUUUUUCGUAGGCAGUGUAUAAGCGAACUGCAAGAAGACUAAAAUCAUGGACAUAAAGAACAGUUUACCUUUAUCAUGAACACAGAUAAGCUAGGCCAACAUGCGCAUAUAUUUUUAUAUAAGCUAGUCAUCCCACCAAAUUAAAGUUCUAAACAACCAAAGGUAUCAGCCAUCAACGAGAAUGUCUCUCCUUAUUCACAGAGGUGUCCUAGCUAUGCAAUACCGUCGUGUUUAAGUAUAGCAUUCAACCACUUCCCUUUAGGCCAAUGAUUUUCCUGAUAGAAUACAUGGUACAUAUUCAUGUCAUGAAUGGCAGCUUAACAACAUACUUGUAAAGUACACAAUCAAUGCACACUACAAACUGUAUCCUACAAGGCUAAAGCUUGGAAGAUAACAAGCAAACUUGAGAAGAAGCAAAGGAUGACACAUGAGUGACUGAUUUGAAAAGGUUAGGCAUAAUGUUAAGUGACAGAAAGAUGGCAGUCAAUGGCAUAGCCAUUUUUCUUUCUCUCUUUCUUUCUUUUUUUUUGGUGCUGGGGGAGUACACACUUAAUUGGGACAGGGCAGGCUGGUGUUGUUGCAUCUCAUUUUAUGCUGGGUACCCCAGGUACACAGAAAUGUCAGAGUGAAAGGGCAUGUGCUCGGUGUGCGCUCACCCCCCUUGGCUGUGCCCCUGAUAGCAGCACAGGUUCGGAGUCAAAUGCAGGCAUAGCUGAUACUCUUGUUCACAUUAGGAGGAAGAAAUGAGAAAGAAACAGCGAUUUCUUACAGGCACCAAAUUAUUAGCACAUGGUUAAAGAAAUGGCAGGUCAUGCAAUGUGUAGAGCAGACAAUCGGCGGUCUGUUAAAGUAACAAAAUGUGUGCCGAGGGAAUGGAAAUGCAAUCAAGGGCUGCAGAGGAUUAACUGGAGCAGCAAAUUUUCAGGCUUAAGAUGGAGUUGGCUAACGCAAUACAGGCCUAAUUGGAAAUCACUGGGCCUUUGUCCUGAAUUUGACAUACCAUAGACUGAUGAUAUUAAAAUACUCCAUAAUGAUUAUAAAGCUAGGGUGCAACUGGGUUAUCUUGUUUAGCACACUGGUAGGUUUAUUUCCAACUACAUUACACAAUCUCGCAACAAUCAUCCUGUGGCAUGGCAGAGCCGAGCAGCAGUUAAGGAACAAUAAAAUCAAUCACUAUAUGAGAUUGAUGACAUGUCCUAUGGAAUCUCAAGUCACUCAUUCUUUAAGAAUGUGCAUCUAUGAUAAUGAAUGACACAGGCUGCAUGAUGGCAGACGACCCCAAAGAACACCUUUGACUGCAAUAUCUCCCAUUUCAUUUCAGCAGCUUGAUUGUGCAUUACAAGGCUUAGUCAAACUAAGCAUCUUUGUCACAAUGCUGAGUCUCCAAUGUGUCUGGCGAUGCUGUCAUGAGCACAGAUUAAAGUACAAAUGAGAGACUUUGUUCAACCUUGCACAUUUAGUGCCUGAACAUGUUUUCAACAUCUUUCAAACAACAGUGAUGCAUUCUUGUUUCGUCAUACAUGGCUUUCUUUAAAAGGGUGUCACAGGAAGUAACAGUUGGUGAACAAAGUAACACUCAGACCAGAGUCAACGUUUUGACAAAGGCACGCAUUUCUAUUCAAAUGUUCAAUGUAGACUCCAGGCUAUGGCUUCCUUCAUACAACCACAGUUAAUCAACUUUCAUUAAUAACUUAUUACCUGACAAUGCACCACUUUGCUUGCAUUUAUUUGCCCCUUUAAACAUAGCCGACGGGUAGCAUAUGCUGCUGUGAACAUAUCAGCCAAGUUCUGCUAUCGUAUGUGGUGCGUGGAGCACACAAGUGGAUCGCAAAGUCACCUUUCUCUAAAACCCUCUCUUUUCAAUACAAGGCACUGUCCUCACUCUCUUCUGGACGAUUUAUUUCAUCAUUCCCUUAGACGGCUACUAUUGGUCGAUAGCUGACAUCAAGCUGCGGUCAGCAACUACAGCUGUAGAUACCGCCACUGCUGCGGGGUGCUGCCACAAGUCCACUGGCUAAGUGCACUGCGGCUUGCUGAGGAAAACCGCAUUUUAUGUUUAGCGUGUCGUAGGCACCAAAGGUGGGAUGCGUGGCGUCUACGUUAACAUUCAAAAUUAAAUUUGAACUGCGCACUCCGAUGACAUUAAAAGACGGAGCAUUGUGGGCAUGCCGCAGUGCGCUGUAGCCUUCGUAGUGCAAGGCAUUGAAGAAGAAACGGGAGCACAGUGGAGGCCGUGUUUGAUUAUCGAUACCUCUACUUCUGCUGAACGCAUUGAACUACUUUUUGCGGCAAAGUAUUGCUCAAGUAGCCUAUUUCCACUUCAAAUGCCUUUCUCCACUUCGAUAAAACAUGAUUCAGGACCCGUUUAAUGCCUGGCACCUCAGUCAUAAAUUACAGCUGUGAUUCGCGUAGCUACGGUAGCUUGAACCAGUGAGCAAGGUUCCUAGCUCCAGUGCUUCUGUUCUUUUUGUGCCAAUUUUCUCGAGUCAAAGUGAACUUAGAGCUGUAUGCAGAGCAAUUGGAUCAAACUGUGGUAUGAUCCAGGAUUUGCUUUGUGGCAUACAAGCUCGCUGUGCAUUAAAGUGAAUUCCUUAUUAUAACAAACUACACCAACAUGUUCUGAAUGCUUCGUACAAUUUUUCCCAUUCAUACCUGUUACAUAAAAUUGCUGUGAGACAAGUAGGCUCUAUACACCUCUUUCUUGACCUUAAAAUGUGCUGUUUAUAAAAAUCUAAAUUUUGGUUACUCUGCAUGCCUUCUUGCAGUGUGUGUAAUCAUUCAUAGUACAUUAAAGAAAAUUUCAAGCUGUGCAA